AUGGAUGCUCGUUGGUUCCCAAGAGUUCCGCCAAACAGUAGAGAUGAUGAGGAUGAGCAUUUCCAAGACUCGUAUUACAAUCAAUACCAAAUCGAGAGGCACCCACGCAAGGUCUUCCUAGUUCAGUCAACAACCUCGAAUCAAAAUUACGCGAUGAAGACGUCGAUUAGAAGAAGUAAAGAUGAUAGAAUUCCGCGUUCUAUUCUCAAGGAAGUUCUCAUGGUACAUCACAUGGAACAUAAAAAUGUCAUUUCAUUCAUUGAAUGCUUCUCGACAAAAAAUGAGGAAGGCCACACUAUUUUUCAUCUUGUAUUCCAGUUGUGUUCUUUUGAUUUGAAUCACCUUCUUCAUAUUGCCGGCGCCCCCCUUACCAUUGGCAACAAACGGACAUUAACCCGUUCAUUGCUUGCCGGAUUGGAAUAUACCCAUUCGAAAAAUAUAGUCCACCGGGAUCUGAAGCCACACAACAUUUUGAUAUCGGAAACUGGCCGUUUGAAAAUCGCUGAUUUUGGCACCGCGACCUAUUAUGUGUUUGAAACUCCCCAGAAACUGAGCCCAACAGUUGGUACUCCAGGAUACGUGGCACCUGAACUUCUCCUGGGCUCUGAAAAUUAUGGAGCGGAGAUUGAUAUUUGGUCGGCUGGGAUCGUUGUAGCUGAAAUAAUUCUUGGAGAAGAAGUAAUACCAGGGGGUACCACAAGAGGCCAAUUGAACAGCAUCGGAAGAGUUUUCGGGGGACAACCACUUUCUAAGUGGGUGAGAUGGGGACAGUUUCCUCUCUUACAACGUUAUUCAAGAGAAGUCACAUAUUCAGAAAGAGGAUCAAUUCAAAAUAAAUUGGACCAGCUUCCGGAUACCGAAAAAGUAAACGGAGCUCGGCUGAUCAAGAAGAUGCUGCAGCUUUGUCCGAGAAAACGAGUCAAGGCGUGUCGUGCCCAAACCAAUUCGUGGUUCUUGACAACACCACCACCAGCCGAGACUAUUCCGGAAGUUGUGCGAGCCGUCAUGACUCAGCGUGAUGUUUUAAGAAGGUGA